AUGUCCGCCUCGACCGAACCCAUUAUAGUGAUUGGUGCUGGCGUCAUUGGACUUUCGUGUGCGACGCUCCUUCAGUAUCAAUAUCCCAAGGCCACCAUCACAAUUAUUGCUGCGGAGUUUCCCAACACCACGACUCCCUCUGCAGACUAUGCCUCUGCAUGGGCAGGUGCACACUACCGACCCAUACCGCAGUCGACUCCGCAGUUACGGGAUGAAGCACAACUCGCCUUCCACACAGCGGAUAUCAUGAAGAAGAUCGCGCGAGACUCACCUGAGGCCGGUGUCGCGGUCAUGCAGGGAAUAGAGUACCUGGAAAGCCCUACAGAGGGUGCUUUGAGCCUUAGAACGGGCGAUGUAUACGCCGGCCGAGGCGAUCGCUUUCGCAUCUUGGAGAAGAGCGAGUUGCCCCAGGGUGUACAGUGGGGGUGUGAGUACCAAACUUAUGCGGUAAAUGUUCAAAUCUACUGCGAAUGGUUGCUUGAUCGAUUUGUAGCCCGAGGUGGAAGUGUACUUCAGCGUCGUAUAUCAGACGCAACCCAAGUCUUCGAUUUUGGCCAAGGGAACGGCAGAGGAAGUGUGAGAACCGUAGUCAAUUGCUCCGGCCGAAAUUUCGAUCGAGAUCCCAAGAUUAAAAUAAUUCGGGGGCAGACCGUGCUGGUGAAGCAGCAAUACCACCACACCAUUACUCGACAGAAUCGUGAUGGGAGCUGGACGUUUUUGAUCCCACGACCGAGAGGAGGUGGCACAAUUGUUGGGGGGACGAAAGAGAUCGGAGACCAUCAUGAGAAAGCAAGGCCUGAAACUCGGUCCAAGCUACUUCAGCAAUGUGUUGAAGUAUUCCCUGACUUUGUAGAGUCAAUUGAGGAGUUUGAGGUGGUCAAGGAUAAUGUCGGUCGAAGACCAUGGCGCGAAGGUGGAGUCCGCGUCGAAAUUGAAUCAAUCGACGGAGACAGGAGGCUUGUCCAUAGCUACGGUGCUGGCGGACGAGGUUAUGAAUUGAGUUGGGGCGUGGCCGAAAGGGUGGUUGAGUUGAUUAGACGCAGCUCUAGGGUCACAGCCCGACUGUAA